CGUGUAUACAUAACAAAGGGAUUAUGUUGCAUAAAGAACUCUCAUACGACCCAGUCCACAUCAAUGAUUAUAUCAUUGGGAACCCUGCGAAAGGGAUGGGACUUCGAUUUUUGAUGAAAAAUAUAAAACCUCGGACAUUAGAGCUCACUUUAAACGGGCUUUAUAACCAUUUAUCUAUUCAUUCACCUAUCGCCUAUUCCUUGAUCCCAUAUUUCUCAACACUGGGCGUCAGAACUAGUCGCGAUGGCUCACUCACCCCUUCUACGGACCUUGAUGCGUUUGAGGCUGGAUAGUAGAAGUGUAGCAUUGGUGAAUUACGAGUUAGCUUUAGAAGAUGUCAGUGUCAAACUACAACAACUCCCCAGACUAGAAAAUUUUGACGACAAUCGAUGGACUGACCUUCGUAAAACCUACGACAAUAAAAAAAUGAGAGAAACUCAGCAGAAAUCAUUCGAGAGCCAUUUUUCGAAGAAAGUACUAGAAAAAAGGAGGUUGCAACAUGAUACGAAUAAUAUCCUCCAGGCGUGGAAAGAGAUAAUCCCGACAAAACCCAAAGAACUGAAAUUGGCUCUCGCCAAAUCGGGAUUCGCCGAAUGGAAACCCCCAUUGCCCUCCGAGUCUCUACUAUCCGAACAAUACUCGUACAAUCCCUUUUCGUCCGGUCGCGUCCAUGUAGCGGAUGUAGGGAUAAUAGACAGGAGAUUACUGCAUCAUGCUCUGAGUCCGAAGUACGUACCCAAACCACAUUUCAAGAUGGAAAGAAUAAGACUCGAAGCGAAAAGCGCUGAGUACGCAGCCUUCGCAGAAAAUAACCGCCAUAUGAUACCGCGCCCUCAAGACGAGUCAUCGGACGAAGCUCUUUUAUCUGAGGAUGAGGCGGGGCACUCGGAGAGAGAGGAUGCAAAGGGUGGCAAGGUCAAACUUGGUAAGCGGAAGCGUGUCACGAAGGAGAAACCAAAACCCAAGAAACGCACGAGAAAGCCUGCUAAGUUCGUCAAAUUGUAUGAUUGCAAGGCUCAUGACCGUGCCCAAUUGAAUUCCCAGGCCAUCAGCUUGUUUUCUUUGAUGCAGCAAAGGGUACCCCGAAUAGAGUCACCCGCAUUUGAACGGGUUAAUAGGGCGAUUAAAAGUCGUAAAGAUAGUAAUCAAGUAUCGACUCCAAUGGAUAUCGACGAAGAUCCUACGGUGGAGGAAUUCCGAAUCCAUGGGAUUCUACUACCUAUACGGCUUCCAUUCGAGGAAUCCAGCAAUGGAGAACCACGGGAACCAACUAUCGAAGACGCCGCGCAGUAUCAAUGCUGGAGACGCCGAGCGAGGCCGUUCUUUGAGGAGCGAGAUCGGUAUAUGCAGAGCAGGAUUUACUAUGAACGAGUCAACGAUCGCGAAUUGUCGCAUGCUGUUCAAGCAUUGGUGGCAUUCUGGUCUAAAUUGAAUACGCAGUUAGGUUCUUAAGGGGUAAAAAAUGAUAGCGACUCUCUUAGUAUGCUACAUAGGUAAGUCCUAGGUAUGGUAAGUG